UCUCUUUUGUAACCACCCACUUGAACCGGAACCUUUUCUCGGGAUUUGCAGCCCUCCCUAUCGGUCUAUCGCCCUGACAGCCAGCCACAACACCGACCCACACGCCUCUGUGCGCCCAUCGCCGCCCAUCUCUGCCCGGAGCGGGAUGCGUUCACUUUCACGACGCCUGGCCUAGCUAUGGCAGGUCGGCCCGUUACAUACAGAUGGAAGUGACACAUCCAUCCUCUGUGACAGCCUCUCCGUGGACACCGACGACUGACAGGAUCCAGGGGCGCUGCGGUACGGAUGCACCCUAUGCGCUCUGGUGAGCUACGGUGACCGGCGCGCCUCGGUGGAGCGGGAGACCCGUCGUUUCAAGCCUCUGUUUCGGCGGAAAGGACCGUCCACACCCUCCCCCCCCUUCCCCCGGGGGUCGAUAAAGGGGAACGAUGGGGAGCACGACCUCUUGCUGCGUGUCUGCCAGCCCCAAGCUCCGCAGAAAUGCCCACUCCAGGCUGGAGUCGUACCACCAGGAGUCGGAGCUGAGCAGGGAGGAGACGGGAUGCAACCUGCAGCACAUCAGCGACAGGGAGAACGUCGACGAGUUGAACAUGGAGUACAAUCCAUCGGACCAUCCGCGGGCCAGCACCAUAUUCCUCAGUAAAUCCCAGAACGACGAGAUGCCCUACAGGAAUGUGCGAGAUAAACGAAAAAGCCUCUUCAUCAAUAAUCAUGGUACAUUGAGGCGGAAAUACAGCUCCUGCUCCACUAUUUUCCUAGAUGACAACACAGCCAGCCAGCCCAACCUCAAAUACACCAUCAAAUGUGUAUCACUGGCAAUUUAUUACCAUAUAAAAAACAGGGACACAGAAGGAGGGAUGCUGCUAGAUAUAUUUGAUGAGAAGCUCCAUCCUCUCACAAAAUCUGAGGUUCCGCGGGACUACGACCAGCAUGACCCAGAGCAGAAGCAGAUCUACCGGUUUGUCAGGACGUUGUUCAGUGCCGCUCAGCUCACUUCUGAGUGUGCCAUCGUCACACUGGUCUACCUGGAGAGGCUCCUGACCUAUGCAGAGAUCGACAUCUGUCCGGGUAACUGGAAGAGAAUCGUUCUGGGUGCUAUCUUGCUUGCCUCCAAGGUCUGGGACGACCAGGCCGUGUGGAACGUCGAUUACUGCCAGAUCCUCAAGGAUAUCACUGUAGAGGACAUGAAUGAGUUGGAGCGCCAGUUUCUGGAGCUGCUGCAGUUCAACAUCAACGUGCCGUCCAGUGUCUACGCCAAGUACUACUUUGACCUGCGAUCGCUUUCAGAGUCCAACAACCUCAGCUUCCCCCUGGAGCCGCUCAGCAGAGACAAGGCCCAAAAACUAGAGGCUAUCUCCAGGCUAUGUGACGACAAGUACAAGGAUGUACGGAGAGCUGCAAGGAAGCGCUCAGCCAGCAUGGACAAUCUAUGUGGGAUCAGAUGGGUUCCUGCAAUCCUCUCCUAACAACUAUUAAUCUGCCAUGUACUGAACACUGGCAUCAGGCUGCAGACACUGGCUGGAUGAGAAAACUACCCAGAUAUUACAAAGACAUGGAGCAGUGAUUGGAACCUGAAAUCAUGCUCUGGUCCUUACACCUUCAAACUGGAGGCAGGAAAGUGAAACCACCAUCUGAGGAGAUGAGGUGAAUGCCAGACAGGUUUCUAACUUAACCUGAUGCCUUCACAGUGCCUCACCCAUUCUGUUCAUGAAAGAGAGAAGAGAGUUCCAGGUUGUUACAUCAGCUGUUAAGAAAGAUCUAGCUUUGGACCAAUCAAGUCCUGGACAAGGCGGCCUUGAAAGCCACCUGCGACAUGGCAUUUUGAACCUGUCUUAAUCUUCUGUGUUUCUGGUUUUGUCCAGAAUAAUCUGUGUCUGGCUAAUUUGAAAUAUUUAAUAUAACCUGCCUUUGAAAUGGCCCUGCAACUUCACAAUGAAACAUAUUAUUUAUUUUACUUGAUUAUGUGAACGGUUGCAGCUGUCUGACCCCAUAGUACCUGCAAAUACAGUAGUGUAGCACUGGAAUUUCUACCGGUUAUUUAUUUCCUUUGACAGGUCUUAGAAUAAUGAAAGUGUUAGCAAGUUUUCUCCUUUGGAAAUCUUUAUAUUCAACGUUUACAGUAUUUCUAGCGUACCUCUCAAUACUCAGGUAGCCUGUUUAUUCUUUUGAUUUAUGGUGAUGCUGAGAGUCGAAACACAAAUUAUGACAAGUGACAAAUUGCAGAUGGAAGGAGCCAGAAUAAUUAAAACAUUGUGACAACAUUCCCCACAGAUGGCACAAAUACAUUCCUACUUUGGGGGCAUAAUCAUGAGCAUGAUCAAACACUGCAUAACAUGAAAUAUAGACCAGAGCACGUUCAGAUUCAAUAUUCAUCUGAUUUUGGUUACAUCUUAACUUCACUUUGUCCAAUUAAAAUUUUAAAAAGCCACAUAGAAGCUUUGAGUAGAGUUAGCCCACCUCUCUGCUGACAUCUAGUGGAUAUUUGAGCAUUGCAAAAAGCUAUUAGUUCAUUUACACACAAAAUUCCAAAAAAUGUAUUGUGGAUGAUUAUUUUGCACCUUACAAAUGUAUUUAGCACAUAAUCAUACUGUUACUGUUACUGUACAACUAAAAGUUGCUGCAAACAGCUGGAUGUACUGGUCUGACAAGCACACUCUGCAGUGGAUGCUGGUCAGUAGAGGGCGUGGGGAGGCCACACAGCACUGCUUGGUUUUUUAUUCAGUAUUAUAGAGCUAGAUAACAGUACAUUACAUCUACAGUACAUUUGGAAAAUCGUAAAUGAAGUAUCUCAUCAAUUAAGUCUCAUGCUCAAUGGCUGCUAACCCAUUGUCUUUAUUUCCUAGCUGACCCCUUCACAGUGCUGUUUGAUUGAUGUUAAACAUUUAACUUAGACUGAAGGAAGACAGUAGAGCCAUGCCUGUAACGCCUGGGUUAAAGGGUUUUGAACAGCUUUCCCAAAUUCCUAAAACCCAAUAACUAAAUAUUCAUAGGAGGCUGACACAUUGCUAAGGAGAAGGGAACAGAAAGUUAACUUUUCAACAGUAGUCUCGACCAAAGAAAAGUGUACAAAGGUGGGUCUGAUCAUAAUAAAAGACCACAAAUCAUUCAAGAGAUCUUGCAGUGAUCUGCUGUGUGACCAGUAACACCAGUGUGUCCUGUUGAUCCGCCCUUAAAAAAAGGCACCAGCCAUGGUGUAUGCCUCUAAAUUCAGAUUACUAAAAGAAGUAAGGCAUGAAGUGUGCUUUCAUUCCACACAAAGGUAUACUUUCAUUACUUUUAAACCCCAGAAUCAUUAUGCUGAACACACACAAAUUGGACAAACAUUUGAAGAACUUCAAAAAAUCAUUUCAGCAUAGAGAACACUUUUCAAUCUGAUGUUAAUUUCUAUCAAGACAAAACCCGACUGCUGAGCCAAGUCUUUAAAGGUGUUGAAACUGCUGAGGAACUGAUUAUUUUGUAUUUCCAUUGUACAUUUAAUUUCAAUCUAAUUGCUACUGGUAAACAACUGAUCAGGUUUUCAUGUUUGUUUCUCAUUUGUCUGAAGCACUAAAAUCUAAUUAUUUUGCAAAAUAACUUUGUACAAUGUAUAAAGAGUUGAAAAAACUGAGACGGGUUCAUUGUGAAUUAUUUAUGGAGGUGUUUUUA